UUAAACGGUGUACAGGGAACACUAUACACACAUCAAACACACAAAACUAUACAUACAAAAUACAUAAUCCUUCCGCAAAAAAAAAAAGUUACAACACUUACCAUUGAAGACUUACAUUAUUUUAAGAGUUUUUAAUUAAAAAAGUUAUCAAGAUGCCGCGACACAGACCCACAAAGAAAAUAGAUGUCCUGGGAAACCUCGAUGUGAGGCCGGAAGAGGCGGUUGGGGAUUACCUCUGCUCUAAGCAGCAGGAAAAAUACUUUGUCAUUCCUCCCAACUCUGACUCCGCCGGGGACUCUAUUGAGCUGAUAUUCGUGAACAAUGUCCGAGAACACGAUGCCAUGAUCAAGUUGCAGGCCGAGAUGCUGGCCAACGCCAAAAGACAGGCUAAGGUGAACUCGACCAGGGUGCGAAACAUGUACAAGAUGCAGGAGCGGCUGCGGAAGCGUUUCAUCGAGGUGAACUCCUUCAUCAAGGACUGCGUGGACAAGAAGCGGGCGGCCGAGAAGAUCACCAACGAGGAGACCAUCUACCACAGGGAGCUGGGUGAGGGCAUUGAGAGUUUCACGGGCUCCAUCGGUGAGUUGAAGGCCUUUCGAGAGGCUCUCAAGGCCACCGUCCAGGAGUUCCAGCCCUACGAGAAGGUCCUCGACGAGGUGGUGAACAGCUCCCAAAUUUUUGAGAGCCAGCAAGACUGCAUCGACCGUUGUGAUGCCCUAAUGCUUGCCCAAGUGGAGAUCAGUCAGCUGGAACAGCAGAAGCUUGGAGAAAUCGAGGAUAUGCGCAAGCGGAUGCUGAAGCUCACCAAUGAAGCAGCACUGACCGUUUUGGGUCUCAAGAACGAUCUCUCGAGGCUCGAGAGGUCCUACAACGAGUUCAGGGUCCUGGGCCAGAAGUGGGAGAAGAUCCUGGCCAAAAGCAAGUUAGCCAUAUCGACCAACUACAUGGACAAGAACCGCACCAUGGAUGCCGUCAGCACCUUGUACCGAACGCUUUGUCGCCGAGGAGACGCGUCCGGAAAGUUUAAUCGCAAUGAGUUUGAAACUCAAAUAGAUGGCAUCAAGGAAGAGGUGGAGAUUCUGAGCGGCGUCUUGAAGAUAAUGGAGGCAAGCGACAGUGCUGCCAAACUUGAGGAAGCUAGGGACAAGACCCUCUGUUAAUGGAAUGAAUAAAUUUCACGUAUUGGAAAGCUGUACAGCCAAUAAAAGUUAUAGCAAUAAAGCUUCAAAUUAAA